AUGUCUUCCGGUUCACUCAAGGACCUGACGAAAGCGAUCAAAACAUCAGUAACAACUUCUACCCGAUUACCACUUCCAGACGACCUUGUGCGAAUUAUCCAUACCUACCUAGAGAAAAAUCCUACCCACGAUGAAUCUGAUGCCACCAAAAUUCAGGAGGAAUUACUCUCCAUUUAUGAAAAGGAUAUCUGCGACCAUCCUACCCGCUAUGCCCCCUUUCUAUCCAUCUUGCGAAAACUGCGAACCUCGAUAAAGGGUGGUGGUAGAAUGCUACAAUGGUGGGAUAAAUUAUGUAUACCAGUAUUGAGUCAUCUUGGAGAAGAGAAGGGAUUGGCGUUGGAAGCUAGGAAUACUUUACUGGACAUCCUUAUUUACGACGAAGAUGAUGAACAUGUAGAGGAUGCCAUUACUACUUCGGAUACUGUGGCAGAGAAUUUAAUUGCUAUUUGGUUGGCCAAGUGUAAUAGUGUCGCUACAAACCUUGAUGAGAAUUCAAAGUUCAUUGAGAGUCAAUUAAGGAGUAUACUCAUAUCAUUUGGAAGGAAGAGACCAAAGAACUUCUUGACUGCCAUCAACCAAUUCUUCGUCAAGAAAGACAGUCGAAUUCUUGCCCUCUCAUUACUUUGCGAAUUCAUUCGACAUCAACCCCCUCAUUUACAUCAACUCCUUCAAACUCCCCUCUUCGAGAAUCUCCUACGAUGUUUACAAAUAGAUACUUCGACUCGAGUGGUAUCGUUGGCUAUGACAGCUUUGAUUAUGUUCCUACCUCAUAUUCCAAGCUCUCUCUCCAAGCAUCUCCCUGCGCUUUUCAAUAUCUACAGUAGAAUGCUUUUUUGGGAUAGGGAACGAAAGUAUGAGGAUAAUUCGGCAUCUGACGAUCAAGAUGACAGAAGUACUCACAGUACAAGCUCAUGGACUAAACUCUCUUACUUGCUGGAUUCGGAAGAUGUAUCAGUUCCGGAAUUGUUACACUAUUACACAUUUCUUUACGGCCUCUAUCCGAUGAAUUUUAUGAGUUACAUUCGAAAACCUCAAAAAUUCCUAAGGCAUCAAGGAUUUCCAGGAGCCAAUGAAUUCGCAGUUGAACCUAUGGAAAUAAGACAACGAUCGGAACCUUUCAGACGACUCCAUCUUUUACAUCCAAAUUUCUUCACAAUGACUAUUGAUCAGGAAUUAUCAGAUACUAAUCGAUGGAUGAAGAGUGAAGCAUCGGAUGUGGUGACUGAAUGUAUGGCAUUAUACAUACCAGGAUAUGCUCAACAAGCUCCACUAUCAAGAUCACAAUUACCAAAUCUACACAUUGAUACUAAUGCCGACAUUCCAGAUCAACCAUUGACAGAACAUAAUGCAUUCACACCUGCUCAAUCUCGACAUGCGAGUUGGAGAUAUGCUGGACCACCUACUAUUGCGUCACCAGAAGGACUACGAAAUUCUGUACUGAGAAGGGCAUCAUUCACAAGUCAAUCAAUGCCUUCAAUUGCGGACUCCCCUAUUUUGAGACCGGAAAGACGAUUAGAUAGUCCUACAUUACCUCCAGUCAUGGCUACAUCACCUUCACAUACUCACUUACAAGAUAUGUUGGAUUCACAACGAGCUGGUUCAAUCAGAGGUGGUAUCUAUCAAACUCUGACGAACGAUAGCGUACAAUCACUUGCGUUGAGUCAUCAUGCUCAAGAUAAUACUUCUCACGUUGAUUCAUACUUACAAUCACUCACCCGUGCACACGCCCUUCGUUCACCAUCUUUGAGACCGCGUUCACCAUCUUUGAGACCUGGGACAAAUGAUUCUACGAAAGUUGCAUACUUACAGAGAGAUAUUAUGUUAUUGAAGAAUGACUUGAAUUUUGAACGCUAUCUCAAACAGCAACAUCUUACUCACAUUGGACAACUUCGUCGAAAGGCUAUUCGUGAAGCAAGAGUCGAAGCCGAAACUCAGAACUUGAUCAAUUCCAACAAAAUUCUGAGAGCCAAAUUGGAAGAUGCCAAGAAAGCCAUGGUACAAAUGAAGAAAGAAUUUGACAAGAGUCGAAAUCAUUCUAGGAAAUGGGAAUCUGAUUUGACGGCUAAACUGAGAUUAUUGAAGGAGGAACAAAAGAAGUGGAUCGUGGAGGGUGAUCAAUUAAAACGUGAAUUAUCUGCAUCAAAGAUUGAUAUACACAAUCUAAGGCAAUUGGUCGUUCAAGCUGAGUAUAAGGUUUCUCAUGCUACGCAAGAAAUUCAAGUGGUGAAAUCAAAUAAGGAAGAAUUGGAGCGAUUACGCAUCGAGGCCGAAAAGCUCACUACGAAAUUACGAAGAUAUGAAGCUCUAGAAGUUGAAAUGGAUCAAGCGAAACAGGAUGAAGAACAAGCUUACAAUACAAUCGAAAUCCUCAAUAUGAAGUUAAAGGCCAAGGAUGCGGAAAUCCAACAAUUGAUUGUCAAAUGUCAAAAGGAAGUUCAAGAAGCACAAAAUGCCAAUCAAAUUGGUUUUAAACAACUCGAUCCUGCAAAACAAAAGAUCAUUGAUGAGGCAUUGGCUGGGUCGCGAAGACGCAUGGAUGAUAUGAAGAAAGCUCAUUCUAAUCUUUUGAAACGAUAUACCAAGUUACAACAAGAUCACCUGGAAGCACUUACAGCGCAAGAUAGAGUAUCUGAUUUACCUAUGAGUAUUGAUGGAUCCCCUGGGCCACAUAUUCCUCCAAGAGAUCACCGUCGAUUAACUCAUAGCUAUUCAGAUUCGACAAGACCGGGAAGUCUUGUACCUAAAGCAACUUUUCCACUCACAGGCACAUCAAGUUUUAUUGCUCGGCCUAGGAUAGAUUCUCACAGUCCAACAUCAGGCCACGCAUUUAGGUCAACACCAACAAGUACACCUACAAGUCCUGAUUUUUACGGAGGUAGAUUUUCUCAUUCAAGUAACUUUGGCCCAGCGCCAAGUUCGUCGCAUUCGGAUGGGACAAUGAGUCGAGAUGGCAACAAUAGUGAUAGGGAUUCUUUGGAAGUUCAGGCCAAGCCAAAGGUUAAGCCGCAAAGUGAAAUGAGGGGUUAUGGUCGUGGAGGAGUUGGAAAUAUCGGAGCGGUGAAGAAGGAUAAUGGUAAAGAUAAAGAUAAAGGGAGGAAGGAAGGAAGUGGGAGUGGUGCGGAAGAGAGUCCAAAGAGUAGUCCAAAGGAAAAGAAAAAAGGGAGUGGAUUGAGAGGGUUGAGAGCAUUUGUAUAA